GAGAAUGAGUGUGGAUAGUCCAGGUAACAAGCGGGAAUUGCUUUGGACAGAGGGCGAGAGAGAACAUAAAUUACAGAAGACCUCCGCCGGCGCAGUGCCUUCGAAUACAAGUGGUUAUUAUCGGGUUUUUUGCAACAUCGAUGAGGGAGAGAUGGAUAGAGGCAGUACAUUCGCUUUUUUUGACGGAUGUUGGGCGUGUCCUUUUUUUUUUUUGGGUGUUGGCGGUUUUUUGCUUCUCUUUGCCGGAUAGACUGACCAGGAUGUUGCAUUUGUAGAAUAUGCACAAGCUGUAGCCAACCAAGAAGAUCGAUCCCAACAACAACAAGUUGCCAAGGAGCCAUCAAUGCAUCAUGCGAGUCAAAUAUCUUACCACGGUGCCCCGAUACUGAAUAAUACUUCACAAGCACAGCCAUCGUCACUGCCACAGCAUCAUCAAUUUUACGUCCCCAAAAAUGGACAUACUGCAGCCGAAACUUAUUCCCAUUCUCAGUCAAUGGGCCAUUCCCAAAAUAAUGCCAAUUUUUCCACGAUGAACCACCACCAGCAGCAGCAACAACCAUCGGUGAAAGCAGCAGAACAACCGAUCCAAGGCCAUCAACUAUCCAUGCAACCACCAAUGCCUCGCGCCACCCCCAUGUUACAAUCACCCCCGCCGCCCCGUCGCCCCGAAGAUCGUCAAACCCGUUCGGCACCGCGACCGCAUCCCAGAGUGGAUGAGCAAACCGUUAUGCAAAUGCGUGCCAACCGACCUAAGUUGAAACUAGCGGAUUUUAAGCUUCUCCGAACCCUGGGUACUGGUUCUUUUGGUCGAGUACAUCUUAUCCAAUCACGCGUGAAUGCCCGAUUCUAUGCCAUGAAAGUCCUCAAAAAGAGCCAGGUCGUUAAAAUGAAACAGGUUGAACACACCAACAAUGAAAAACAUAUUCUCGAGUCCACCUCGCAUCCUUUCAUUGUGAAUAUGUGGGGCACCUUCCAAGAUGACAUCAACUUGUACAUGAUCAUGGACUACGCUCCUGGUGGUGAAUUAUUCAGUAUCCUUCGUAAAAUGCAACGAUUUCCAGAUCAGAUGGCGAAAUUUUAUGCCGCAGAGGUUCUUUUGGCGAUCGAAUACUUGCAUUCCAAAGACACCAUUUAUCGUGACUUGAAACCGGAAAACUUACUGCUCGACGCUUUUGGCCAUAUCAAAAUUACCGAUUUCGGAUUCGCCAAAUAUGUGCCUGACAUUACAUGGACACUGUGUGGUACACCCGAUUACUUAGCACCUGAAAUCAUUCAAUCUAAAGGUUACGGAAAAGCAGUCGAUUGGUGGAGCUUUGGUGUUCUCAUCUUUGAAAUGCUGGCAGGAUAUCCACCUUUCUAUGACGACGAUCAUGUCAAAUUGUACGAAAAGAUUUUGGCUGGGAAGAUUCGAUGGCCACAGUACUUUGAUCCCAAUGCCAAGGAUCUUUUGAAACGGUUAUUAACGCCCGAUUUAUCAAAACGAUUCGGUAACUUGAAAGGCGGAAGUGAAGAUAUCAAGCGACAUCGCUGGUUUGAAGGAGUGGAUUUCAACUACAUCCUUUCUCGUCAGCAACGAGCACCCCAUAUUCCUCAGUUGGAAGGCCUGGGCGACGCAAGACAUUUUGAAUUAUACCAAGAAACGCAAGAGCAGUACGGUGUUACUGGUUUAAGCGACCCAUACCGUCAUCUGUUUAUUGACUUUUAAAAGAGAAAAAGAAACAACAAAAACUUUGGGAGAUGUUAUUUUUAUUUUUAUUGUGAUUAUUUUUUGUUCUCAUUAUGUUAUCUUUUUUUCGCCUUUUUCUUCGCAUUUGCCUUUUUUGGAAUUACUGACUUUUGGACCGUGUGGCUUUUUCCAAGCUGCCACUCAAUUUCCCAACUUGUAACUUGAAUAUUCACUGUGACA